AUGACUGACAGUCCAGACUGGGAUGACUUGCUCGACAAGAGCAGAGGGACUGCCGACAGAGCGAUGUUCACUCCGUAUAUUGCGGAGCUGUGCCGCGAGGAGACAUUGAGUGAUGAUAUGAAAAUGAGACUGUUAGGAAAUGCCGUUCGUAAUUCUCCGGAGAAUCAGGCAAUCGUCCUGGAUCACAAAGACUUUGUCAAUAGUCUUUUGACUCCUUUCGUGCUUCCCUUGACGGUUCUUUAUAAUCUCUGCGUAGGAAAUCCUACGGCUGCUGAGUAUAUUGCUUCUCAAGAGGAGCCCCUUGUCGCUGCUCUUUCGGAAGAGCGGGGUCCGGGCUGUAUGAAUCUUCUUGGUGUUUUAUUCCAGGAAUUGAACGAGUUCCCUUUGAGCUUGAGCAGGCAGCUAGUUCUUGAUGGCCAAUUGCUCGAAGUGCUAGAGAUUGAUCCCAAGCUCGCCAUGGAUGAAGAGCUGAUCAAGAAGUUUGAUGAUGUUUUUGCCAUCGCCGUGAGCUAUCCUGACCAAGAUGCCGCCAUUACUGCCAUCACAGCAAUUACAUGCAACGAGAAUUUUGGUUUAGAGGCAGCCAAGAAUAUCCCCUUGACUUCAAGCGUUGUAUUUGCCCUGGUUUUAGCAAACCUUACCGGGAAACUCGAGGCUAUGGACUCUGUGUUGGUCCACUGGCCGAACGCUAUUGACACUAUAUUGCAAAUGUUCUCUGACGAUGGUCAGGAAGACGCGAACUUGAAUUUUGCCGCUUAUUUCCUCCGCAAUGUUGCUCGUGACAGCAAGCUGGCCUCUGAGCUGUGGGAAAAAGGUAUUUACAAGGUCGUGGAGUACCUCUCCGAAGACGAGGAGGAUUGUGAGCUUUUGCUGCAGCUGGCAGGCCACCUUUUAGCUGUUAAAUACGACCAGAGAGUCGUUGAUCUUCUGUUUGACGAAGAAGCCGACUACAGCCCCGAGCGGGUCUUGGCAUUGUCUCGGGCUGCUCAGGGACUUACGAGCCUGGCCAACGUCGAAGAGCACAAAGACACGGCCGAGAAAAUUGCCGGCGCACUCACUGAUCUUUUGCAUCAAACCCCAGCAUCUUUACCGCAAACCAUGCCGCUGUGGGUCAAAGGAUCCAAGGCACUGGCUCAACUGAGCCGCGUCGUGCCGGUUGAAAUUGACGAGCUAGAAUCCGAGGGCCCCGACAAUGAGGCUGUGAGGGCGAAUUUCCAAGCUGCGAGAAGCCCAAGUAAAAAUCUUACGUCUACUUAG